ACUGCUGAGAGGGCGGCAACUCUAGAGCGGAUGCUUUGAGACCAGUUUCAUACUCGACGGAACGUCUGCGAUUGCACUGCUCGCUGCCAAUCGGAGACAGGUUGGCAAGCAGGCAACGUUUUUCUUUUCGCUUUCUUUUUUUUACAUAUUCGUCGUAGUCCUGUGCUCCGGAGUCUCUGAAAGAGCUCAGGUGCGCUGACUUGGAAGCACGCACACGUCGGUAACAGCUGUGUGCAGCUGUGGCAUGCGGCGUCCUCCGCAGACAGAGUAUAUGUCAUAGUACACUGCACGUAGUCCGUGCACGACAGCGGGACGCCCUCUCUGAAACGUGACGGAAAGCUUGGGAAGACAGGUACGCAACACGCCGGGUUACCCUGUGGAGCGCUGGCACCAGUGCCAGGACCGGUGCAACUCGACCGAGGGCGCAGUGUUCGGCGGGCUCGAGGGUGGCACUCCCACCCUGGUCGGGAGGGCUUUCUUCGACGGCCGCUUCUCGCCCUGCAAGGUGGUCGCCGUGGGCUGCGUACUGCCCGGAGGACAGGUGGCCCUCAUAUUCGAGUUCCUGGUCGAGUCCCGUGGCGUGGUGUUCGAGUGGGUGGACUUCGGCGGCGGCGGCGUAAGCGCGAAGGGCAACGCCAGCGACGACCUCUCCGGGUCGCCGACGUCGUCGCCCGAAGUCGCUGAGGUGACCGUCGGAGGUGCACUGGUGGGCCGCAGCCGGCCGCUCCAUCCGGACGGCAGGUUGCUGCUGGGGGCCGUGGUUUCGGGCAACGGGUCACGGCUUUACGCCUGCGACGUCAGGGAACCACUGCCGGCGCCCUUGGAAACCUUCCAGGUGCUCGUCAAGAGACCUGCGGGCACGGAACUGCGCUUGCACUGAGCGGACGCGAACGCGCUGACGGGGAAUUUACCUCUCAGCGACUCGGCGGAACUCUCCUUCUUUUUUUGCUUCUUUCUUUUUUGUGCGAAUCCUCUUGUAGACAGCGCCUCAACUUCCUUCUCCAAGAACGUUUUAUUUGUCUCUUUUUCUUGGCCAUCGACAGUCACUUCUUUUUUUCUUCUUUCUUUCUCUUCUUGCCGUUUUGUAUGUGACUCGCGUAGACACGAAGACAAAAAAGCCUGUUGCCGGUUUAACGUCGUUAGUAUAAGGUAACGGUGCGCAGCGGAAUGGAGACAAGACGACGCCCGGAAAACGUUUAGAACACUCUCCGUUCGCUCCUUUAUUUGUAACAGAGCUGUUUCAAGUGACGAGCUAUAGAGUAGAGUAAUUGUGCAAAGUUCCGGUAAGAAAGAAAGACAGUGGUCGGCUCGCCGCGGGGCACUUUUUAACGAAGACCGCUCUUGCAGCUGCCAUUUCGCUGUUACGCCGUCGCUUGUUUCGUGGGGAUCGUUUCCUCUUACGCAUCUCUGUAUAUACGUUGAAAGUGAGGUUGCUGUAACGACUCUGCGCUGAAUGAAAGCGCUCCGACUUACAAUCUGGUGUGCGUAUGGAUGCGACGCAUUCAAGGCACGCACACUCACAGAAAGACACCGCAUUUAGCUAACACUAUUGAUAACCGGCCAGAAGCCUGACUUGCGUAUUCUUUAAUUUCGAAUAGCGAAUACAUUAAGUUUUCUACACUCCUUCCGCGCUGACUAAUUUUUUCAUCUGUGCUGGACGUGCACUUCCAUCCAUCUAGUUGGCGAUAUCACAACUUUUUUAAUGUAUAUUCUGAACUCGCUUGAUUACAUGUGUUGGGUGGCCAGUGCCAAAUGCUAUAACUCACUAAGACAUCACACGAUUGGUCUACUUUAAACCUAUCGGGCCGAUCACACUUUGGAAACGUGUAUCAAUUUUCGUCCUUUAGAUCUUUUUUCUUACUUUUUCUUUCGUUCUUUUUAUUUUUGUGGUUCCCCUGUUUUCUUUGGUCUUGAUGUUAUAGAUUGCUGCAAAUGAGAUUAUUACUCGUGUACAUGUAUAUUUCGUGAAAGCUGCCAAAGGGCGGAAAAACCUGAAAACCUUGAUUAUACAAUAUUUGCAAACAGCUUCUGUUCUAAAUCACCUGUUCGUUGCAAAGAUAUGGCAGAGCUGCAACAUUGAAGAAUUUUCUUACAUUUACCUGUUUAUGAUUACGCCUAUAAUCUUCCAAAAAAUAUUUAGCUGUCGCGACCGACGCACGUGCGUUGGUGGAGCGCCAUCAAAUUUUAAUCAGCGCGUCGUCCUUCGCUUUAUUUUCUUUUUCUUGCAGUUAAAGGAUUACUAUACUAGACCCCGUGGCAACGCCUCGGUUAUGACUCAUAUACUGUCUAGGAUAACCGCGUCAAAUGUGGUCUGCCAAAGUUAACAUGGCGUACGGAGCCACAAACUAACUUUCGCGACAGUCGAAUGACGUGAGUUGCUUUAGAUCAGAAGUGCGGAGUAGUGCGGUUUACGGUAUACCGUGCCUCCAGCAAAGCACCCAGUCCGCCGUCGGUCAAGGCGAAGUCUUCAGUCGGGAGAUUCGAUCGUCCCUCCCCCCUGUCUCUUCCCUUUCUAUCGACAGACCGCGAGCCCUUAGCGGACGCGCCUUCGAGCUCGAUCAAGGCACCGCGAGCGCAGAUCUCCGAGACGUGCUUGGACGCAUCCGGCGCUUCGACCGAAGAAGGACGAAGCCAUAGCGCGCGCAAAGGAAGCGAGGCGCCCUCAUUGGAGUGGGACGACCGCGCGCGCGCGCCGUGGUGUAGGCUACAUAAGCGCGCGUGUAGCCCGUGCGACGGCGGCGCCAAGAAUUGACAUGUGUAUGUGGGUCACGGAAAGUGGCAUCAGCGCGGCAAUUUAGCGCGGACCGCGGCGCCACGGCGCGAUCAGGCGCGGCCACCACCAGAAGCUCCCGAGCGCGAGUGUCGCCCCGCUGUGUAGUGCGACGAGCGAGAGGGCAUCGCGAAGCCACCACUCCCCUUCCACGUUGGCCUUGCGCUGCGCUCCUCUGCUGCGGCGAUAACCGCGAGCGCGAGCCCCCCGACCAUCCCGCGCUUCCUGUGAACCGCGCGCGCGUCGUCGAAGGGCGAGCGCCGAACGAAAGCCCGGGUGCAUCGGCAGGACGGCCUCGUUGCGGUGACGAACGCGGAACGCCACCAGCCAUGGCGCGGCUCCGGAGGAGGACUUCGCCAGCACCGGGACCGCCGGUUCGGACCGCCUGCCUAUCGUCGCCGUCCCGUUUCGCCCUGUUCGCGCUGACGCUCUGCGUCGUGGCGUCGUCCCACGGAGUGGCGGCGGCGUUCGGGGCCGUCCGCAAGAGGGGCGAGGACGUGUCGCUCGUCGAGUGGUCGCACGGCACCAACAGCCGCUGGAAGCUGGAGCAGGCGCUGAGCGGCCGCGCGGCGCCGUACGUGGAGGCGGACGUGAGCCAGGCGGACGGCAUGGCCGUGAUGGCGCACCCGCCCGUGCGCUCGUGGGACCUGAGCCUGCGGGAGUUCCUGCGCAUCGUGUGCGGCUCGCCGCGCAACGUGACGCUCAAGCUGGACUUCAAGGCGAGCGAGGUGCUGGAGAGCGCCUUCCUGGACAUGGAGAGCGCGCCCCUGGAGAACUUGCGUGACCUCUGGCUGAACGCUGACAUCGUCGAAGGACCGGGCGGAAGUCCUGACGUGGAUGCCCAGCACUUCUUGCAGCUGUGCACCAGCCGGUUCCCGCAGGCCACCCUGUCGCUCGGCUGGACCACGCGUCCCAUGACAUCUUACACCUGGGCUCACGUCGAGGCCAUGGCCCGACUCCUGGUCUGCGGUCCGUACCGCGUUCCGCACGUCACGUUUCCCGUGCGAGCCUCCAUGCUGGCCGCGUCGACAACGCAGCUUCUGUGGCUACUGGACGUCAUCCCUGGCUCGACGCUCACUGUCUGGUCUUCGCCGCGCGACCCAUGGAGCACGAAAACACUGGUCAAGCUACGGAGCCUUCUCCCGUUGUCGGCCGUGUACUACGACCUGCCGUCCGACCAGAAGCAGGACUUUGACCGCGCUAAGGCCGCCGUCGCGUCCUCCGAACAGCACAACCAGCACGUCGACGAUGGUCCGUUACCGGAAUGGUCACUGGGCGUCGGCUACUCCUGCCAACACAGGGCACUCGCUGGCAAGCGGGCAGUCGUGUUAGGCGGACCUGGAGCCUGGCUCCUGCUGCCAAAGAAGUGGCACCUCGUGGAAGCCAAGGUGGAUCUGACCCGUAUAGGAAGCUUAUCGCUGGGCUGGGGACCGGACACGGACAAGGUGCAGAUCAACGGAGGCUGCUUCUAUGUGACGCUGACGAACGGCCCCAACAUAACGGUGCAGGUCUGGGCCUCUCCUUGUCUGCCCACUACCUCUUCUUUCGAUGAAGCAGACCACGACAAGAAGAGUGACAAGUUGCGCUCGGGAAAGCCUCUGGUGACCCGCAUGUGGCCGUCGUCGUCAUCACCAUCGCCGCAGACGUCAUCGCAGACGGCGAUGGCGGCUGCGCCUCCAAAUUCACUCCUGCUGGAGUCUCCGGGCCCCGCCGUGGUAUACGACGUCCGCAUUUCAUCGUCGGCGACAGCUUCGUGCGCGACGUCAUUGACCACAUUACUGCUCUUGUGCCUCGUGACUGCUUUGGCUGUCUUCCUGCUCGGCUGAUGGUGUGACGCUUGAACAUGCGUGUGAGCGGGUCUCCGUCAAAUUCAAGUUCACCUUUUUUUUCUGCACGACUACAAAUCGAAGCGAUAUCGGCUCAGCGAACGCGUGCUCUCGUUUUUACAAAGUCAUGGAAAGUCAGGAAUCUACGCGCUAAAUUGUAACUUUUCAUGCUGACAUGGCUUGACGGCUGGCCGUCGUGUCCUUUGGCGUUGCUGGCGACUACUCUGGAGACCACCGCGGAGGUGUUGCUUGUUACAUAUCCUCCAGAGGUCAAGACACUUGUCUAGAGUGCACGAGACAGGUUCUUUGGACUGCCGUUACGACGUAUAGUGAUGAUAACUUGUGCGAAACCAACUGGAUAUGGGCAUGCAAGCUAAAUUUGCGGGGUGCGCUGUCUUCUCUCUCCAUGCUGGUUGCCUCAUGCUAUGGCGGCUACUUUGGCCGUCAGGAUCGCGUUCUAUACAAGUGUCAUCUUUGUACAUGUGGCAAGAGCGUGACGUUACGUAGACUGCUCACAAAAGAUUAUGUAAUACUUUGGAAGCUAGACAGCUCGUAGCUAUUAUCUCUGGUGUUUCUGUUGUGGGUCGCCAAAUUUAGGUAAUGUUAUUAGCAUAUGUUAUCGCAAAUGGCAAGAAUCACUGAGCCGCGUUCUAAUAUGCUUCUGGUAAUGGGCAAUUGUACCAGGUACUAAAUAGCUAAUUAAAGUUCAGCGGGACUGCUUUCUUCGUCGCCUAACGUGCGGGCUUGUUACAGCGUACCCGAGCUCUAUGUUGCAUUCUAUGCGCAUUGGUGGGCAGUGAUAGUGAUGCUUAGAAAGCCAGCUUACUUCAGGCCGAGGUAAAAUUCUAUCAGCUUAUAGUGGGCUUGCUGAAUGAAAGGCGUGGUCUUGUCAAUGCUUCCGUGUAUAUUCGUUAAUCACCACAGAUGAUAUAUGGCUUGCGACAAAAUGCUUUUUUUUUUAAAACCACUGCCUUCAAACCCCUACCGAUACUUAACAUUUAUCGGUAUUGCGCGAGGUCCUGUGUUGUGUGGUAAUAAAGAAAAAUAAGUGAAGGUAGCGCCGGAGAUUUUCUGUUCUUAAGUCUGUAAUAAAGUGGUUCUAGCCAGUG